AUGGCCAGCGUUUCCGAUCCAAUGACCACUUUUGUCUCGAAGAUUAGUGACAAAAGUUUGGAUUACCAGACUCGUCACUCUCUUUUCUCAGAACUAAGAGACACACUAGAAACGUAUCACGGUGCUAAUGAAUACACGGACUUUCUUAAGCAAACACUCGAGAUUUUCUUUGACCAGUUGGAUUCUGUGCCCAUUUCAUUUGUCUCGAACUCUCCUGAACAAAAGCUUCGGUAUUUGAUACUUGAGAUCAUUCACCGACUGCCUAUAAACGAGACUCUAGAACCGUACGCUUCGAGGAUCCUUGAUAAGUUGUGCCAGAUUAUUAGUGAUGACAAUGAGGAAAAUGGUAUAAUUUGCCUCAAGUUUAUUACAUCACUGCAUAAAGCUUACAAGUCUAAACUAAUAGAUAAAGUGCCGGAUUUCGUUGAGUUGCUAAAGACCAUUUACAAGAAUAUGCCUGAGGUCGUCGAAGAACAGUUCGGUGAGAACUCUUCCAGCAACACCGAUGCAGCUAAGGACAAAGAACCUAUUGGUCCAACUUCUCCAGGGUCCAAUUCGCAAGAUUCGGAUCUUUCGUCGCAUGAUGACCCUUCAAAGACUCUUUUCAAAGCCACCAAGUCUUUCAAAAUGGCUGCAGAAUGUCCAAUUACACUGGUUUCUCUUUAUUCCUCGUAUAAAUCAACCAUCGAGUCUACAAUUCCGGAGUUCGUUCCUCUUGUGAUUAACAUGCUCAGGUUACAGGCGGCAAAACAGAAAGAAGCUCACGAUUCUGCCAGUGCCAAAGGAGAAUACGUCACUCACGUUUCUUACGAGAUCUAUAACAGACCUGUAUAUGGCGACUUUGUUCUUGCACAGGUCAAAGCUGCCUCUUUCCUGGCUUAUGUUUUCAUACGUAGGAGUGCUGUUCAUACUAUGGAACCUUUUCAGAAUGAGAUCCCCGAUUUGAUCGUCCGUUUACUACAGGAUUGUCCCAGCGAAAUGGCCAAUGCUAGACGUGAGCUAUUACAUGCAACCAGACAUAUCUUGUCAACUGACUACCGCAAGUUGUUUCUCCCUAAGAUCGAGAUGCUUUUUGAUGAUCUGGUUCUUAUUGGUGAUGGAUUAACUGCCCACGAAACCCUCAGACCUUUGGCUUAUUCUAUAGUGGCAGAUUUUAUACAUGUUAACUCGGAACUUACUCCCAAACAGAUUUGGCAGAGUGUUGUUAAGUACUGUGGAUACCUUCAGGACAAUACCUUGGCUCCUACUGUUCAUAUAAUGAGUGCCAAGCUUCUUCUUAAUCUGUUGGAAAGAAUAUUGAAGCUGGAAGAUCAUGCCGAUGCCAGACAGUUGUUCCUGAUUAUGAUCGAUUCUUUCGGUAAGCGAUUCGCUUCAUUAAAUAGAGAAUAUGAUGAUAUCAUAGUCAAGCAUAAAAAGUUCAUACAGGAACGUACCAAAAACCGAGAGCACGUGAAGGAUCUUCAAACCGAAGCGAAAAGACUUACAGAGGAGGACAAAACGAAAGUCGUUGACUCAAAAGAAGCUAAGCCAUCUGAUGAGAUGGACGAAGAUGAAGAUCAUCCUUUAAAUAACAUUAGCAGCUCUCAUGCUUCUUCUUCCGCAUUCCCUAUCAUUGUCACGCAACAAAAUCAACAGGAUCCCUUGGAUGGUGCGCGCUAUCUUUUCCGUACACUUAUGACCUUCCUCAAAUCCAUAUGCUAUGGUUUCAGAAAUUGUAAUCCCGUUGCUCCAAAGGAAUACAAUACUCAAAGUUGGAACGAAUGGGCCAGAAUUACAUCUGCCGAAGAACUCAAUGUGUUUAGACGACUCUUUAGAGAGUGUAUCAGUGGCCUGAGAUUUUUCCAGAGCUUUAAACCGAUGGUCAUUAGUCCAGCCAUGCGCCAAACGUUCGACGUGACUGGCCCCAACUUACCUAUUACAUCAUCUAAAGAAGAAAAAGACCUGAUGGAGAUUUUCGCCACUAUAUUCAUCUAUCUAGAGCCCUCCGCAUUUAACGAGAUAGUCAAAUCAGAGCAAGAGAUUACGUUCCAGGCUACUCUUGACAAUCCGGCUUUACUCCACAUACCUCAGUUUUUCUUGGCAAACGAGAUUACCACCUCGAACUUCUCCGGUGUCCUGAUUGUGUUUGUUAUAUCGAAACUUCGAGAACUGGGUGAGAUGGAUAUUCUGAAAUCCAACAUUCUCAUCCGUCUUUUCAAACUCUGCUUCAUGUCUGUUAACCUAUUCCCCACAGCCAAUGAAAACGUCAUUCUACCUCAUCUCAACGAGCUUAUACUCAAGUGUUUGGAGUACUCCACUACGGCUAAAGAACCUAUAGUGUAUUUCUACUUGAUCAGAACACUUUUCAGAAGCAUUGGUGGCGGCAGGUUUGAAGCUCUCUAUAAAGAGAUUUUGCCUCUAUUGCAUGUCCUGCUUGAGUCUCUUAAUAGACUCAUCCAAUGUGCUAGAAGACCGUAUGAGAGGGACAUUUACGUUGAAUUAUGCCUUACUGUUCCAGUGAGACUCAGCGUCUUGGUUCCUUACCUUGGCUAUUUGAUGAGACCGUUGGUCUGUGCUCUUAAUGGCCCUCAGGAACUUGUUUCCCAAGGUUUGCGCACGUUAGAGCUUUGCGUCGACAAUCUAACUGCCGAGUACUUUGAUCCAAUCAUUGAGCCAGUCGUUGAGGAUGUGGCCAAGGCUCUUUGGAAGCAUCUUAAGCCUCUUCCUUACUACCACCAACACUCCCACACUACUCUUCGUAUUCUUGGUAAGCUUGGUGGCCGCAACAGAAACUUCCUCAAGCUUUUCCAUGACAUGGAAGGGGAAACUUUGUGCGACCAGAGUCUUGAGGCUUUCUUUAAGUUGGAAGUCUCACCUAAAGAGGUACCUGUGUCGAUCACUGCAGCUUUAUCAACGGCCUUUAACACACUUGAAAAUGUUAGAUACAAACUUCAUUAUCGUGUUAGUGCUUUUCACUAUCUUUCGUCACUUUUAAAAUUGAUGAUGAAUACUACAAGUCUUCCCAAGGACUUUGAUAAGCAAGUGCAACAGGUGGUCGACUUCGUCAACAACGAUGCUAAAGAAUCAGUUGACCACAAAACCAUUCGUUUGAAGGCCGAUGUCGACAGGGACCCUAUUAGGUUUAAUAAACAGGAGCAAUUAUUCCUUCGUUUGCUGAAGGCCGUUUUCUACUCCACAUCGAUCGAGGAGGUGAGAGAAGAGGCCCAAGCCUUAAUCAACGGUAUAUCUCGACACUGUGUUCUUUUGUAUUUGGGCCGUUCUAUGAUUGAAUUCCACAAAUACAAUAGACAGUUCUCUGUGAACAAUCAUGAGGGACACAAUUACAUCAACGAGAAUACUGUGUUUGAAGCCAUUUCUUAUGCACUAAGCUUCUAUAACAACGACGUGAGAAAGUCAGGCAAAGAAGCCAUCAGCUCUAUCUACGAUACCUGCGCAGAGCUUGCUGGAUCUCCAAAGAACGCUAUUAAAUUCCUUCCCAUUCGUCGUAUGUGCUCUAAGUUUAUCCAUUGCUGCUUUGAAGAGAAGUUUUACGACAAACUUGGCGGUUGCAUCGGUUUACAGGUGAUGAUUAACGAGUUAGACAUUCCACAGGAGUAUUUAGUCCUUCGCCAAUUGGAAAUAGUGAGAGCUAUAUUUUUUGUUCUUAGGGACAAUCCUCCUGAUAUGCCGUCUGCGGUUUGCACCGUGGCUCAGGAUAUAGUACUCAAGCUAUUAAAGGAUUGUAACCGCGAGGUGCCCAAAGAAGCUGUUUUCCAACAGCCAUUUCAGUCCAUUGUGAGUCAGAUUGUGUUCGAUUUGAGUAACUCGAAUCUGAUUGUUCGAAAGACAGCGCAGAAGGCUCUACAAGUGCUCUCUGAAGUCACCACCGUCCCGAUUUCUACGCUGAUUUCUCCUAGUAAAGGAAUUUUGCUGGCCCCUAUAUUUGGAAAGCCUCUCAGAGCAUUACCCUUCCAUAUGCAGAUUGGCAACAUCGAUGCCAUUACGUUUUGCUUGGGCUUGGAUAAUACAUUUUUGGAGUUUAAUGAUGAAUUAAAUCGCCUUCUUUCAGAGGCAUUGGCUUUAGUUGAUGCAGAUGACGAGUCUCUCAUCAGUGUUCAUCGUAUCUCGGAACAUAGAACUGCGGAGCAACUUGUUACUCUUCGUGUGGUCUGUAUCCAACUACUUUCGUUGGCACUAACGAAGCCAGAAUUUUCUAAUGGUAAUCCCCAGAUCCGAAUCCGAAUUCUUUCAGUAUUCUUCAAAGCACUAUGCGCAAACUCAACCAAGAUCAUUGAUGCUGCACACGCUGGGUUGAAAAAGGUUUUAUCUCAGAACUCAAAGCUUCCUAAGGAGCUUCUUCAGAGUGGUCUAAGGCCAAUGCUAAUGAAUCUUUCGGACCAUAAGAAGCUAACAGUGACGGGAUUGGAGGCACUUUCAAGACUUUUAGAGCUUCUAAUUUCGUAUUUCAAGGUGGAAAUUGGUCGUAAGUUGCUUGAUCAUCUUAUGGCAUGGGCACAGCCCCAAGCACUUCAGCGUAUUGCAUUGCAGAAUCCUGAUAGUGAUCAAACCGUUCAGAUUAUUGUAGCCAUUUUGAAAAUCUUUUAUUUGCUUCCCCCCCAGGCAUUUCAAUUUAUGGAUGAGAUCUUAACAACACUUCUCUACUUGGAGAGUAACCUUAGAAGACACGGUAACUCGCCAUUCAGAGAGCCCAUUGCGAAAUACUUGGAUAGAUUUGCCGAUUAUGCCGCUGGUUUCUUUCAAAAAAGGUUUGCGUCCCGAGCCUACGGUAGCCGAUUUGCCUAUUUUGUUAGCAUUCCGGAAUGCGGCAAGCUUCGUAGUCUGAUUGAAGAGAAGAUGACGGAGAUUACGCAAUCUGCUUGUGAUGAGACCAACAACGAUUUAAAGUAUAUCAAGUUGUCAAAUCUUGUUGACUUAUCCACUGCAAUUGCAUCACAGGAUGAGAAUUGGUUGAAGGAGAACCUUGAUUUGAUUCAGAAGAUGAUUAAACUGUCCAUUGAGUGUCUUCGCUACCGUGAAACUUCGGCACUAGCUUCACCUAUUCAUAUGCAAUUAGAUCAGGCCAACGAGUCCCUACAGGCACUUUGCGUUCAUUAUCUGAAGGCUACUGAAUCUGUCCCGGAGGAUACCAUCAAGUUGAUCGAUUACGUCUGCCAGAACAAGAUCCCUAUGAGUUUCUGCAUCGACGAUUUUGUGAAGGAAUGUGUCGUUCAGGCUUCUGAUGUAAAACUACGCCAACAAUAUCUCUGCGAAAUUGCUACAUUUGUAUCUGACAGCGAGCAUUGUCUGAACACAAAGAUAUAUCUCAUCAAAAAUGUGUACAUUCCUGUUUGCCAUUACAACAGUACGCUAGUGAACUCUAAAGAACUCACAGAAUUUGAUGAUGAGUCUUCCAGUUGGGUAAAGGCACUCGCCGAAAAAGUAUGGGAACAGCUCACAGAUACUUCGAAGAUGCACGAAUCCUACUUGGUGGAUGAAUAUCGUGUGCAACUUCUUCAGUUGACCUCAUUGAUCGUGCAGCAGUAUCCGGAAGCGGUGACGGACUUUAGGAAGGUCAUUAUAAAGUUUGACUGGAAUCUCAUUGGAUUGGAGGAUAUGGUGGCAAAGCAGGCUGCUUACACUUCCACAGCAUACUUUAUUGCUGCAUUUGAUACUCCUGCUAAGGUGGCUACACAGAUAUUUAUGGCAUUACUAAAGACAAACCAACUAGAUAUCCGGUUUAUGGUUCGCCAGGCAUUGGAUAUCCUGGCUCCAUGCCUAAAGGAUCGGCUGAGAUCAGCCACGGAUUGGCUUAAAUGGCCACGCAGAGUCUUAUCUGAAGAUGGCUUCAACGUGACCCAGGUUCUUAACGUCUACCAGUUUAUUGUCCAUCAUUCAGAGUUGUUUUACAUUGCUAGAGAUCAGUUUGUUCCUAAUAUCAUUACUGCUAUGGGUAAGCUGACUGUUCUGAAUAACAGCUCGACGGAGAACCAGGCCUUGGCUAUUGAGUUGGCCGAGCUGAUACUUAACUGGGAGACUCGUGAGAGAAUGGAGGAGAAGGAGAAAGAGAAGACAAAGGCCGAGGAGCAGCCCGAUGACCCUGAUGCCAUGGACGUGGACGUAGAAGAGGAGAAAGAGGCAGAGAGUAAGAAUUCUGAAAGUCCUGCCAAGUCUUCAAUAUCGGGAGCAGACAGUACUUUGAUCAAGCAAGAGGAAUCAUCCAAAGCAAUCACCGAGAAAGCAACAUCAAUAUUGGCAACCGUAUACACGGUUCCUCUUUCUCAGCGGGAAACAUGCAUCACAUUUCUUGUCAGAUAUGUGUGCAUCUGCCAACAACGUGCCAGCGAGAACGAACUUGGCCAAAGGGCUCUCAACAUUCUACACAUUCUUCUUUCCCCGGCGUACUGGCCUGAGGUGACCGUGAAACUAACGUUCUUUGAGAGAUUCCUUAUCUCUGCUGAUUUCAACGCCAAUAACGUUUUGGGAUACUGCCUUAAUGCUUUGGAAGUACUAUGCGUUGCGUUGGAGUGGAAGAAGUCCGAAUGGAUUAUGUCGAAUCUUGGGUACCUUCAGAGAUUGCUCGAGAAGUGUAUCAAAUCCGAUAACCAUGACAUCCAGGAAUCUCUCCAGAAGGUGUUGAAGAUCAUUCUCAGUGCUAUCAAGCAGGAGAGCCCACAGGCGGAAGAAGAACAGACAGAGGAGGCUAAAGCUUUUGUUUCCUUCUUGGUUAGUGCCAUUUCUGACGAUCUCAACAGUAUGAACUCGUUUGCCGCUGGUAUAACGUUGUCAUGGACUUUGGCCCAGUACAAACCCGAAGUGUUGGAUCCACUUAUCGCGUUAAUGUUGAGAACUUUGAGCAAAUUGGUAAAGGACCAUAUUACUAUUGCCAACCAGAGUAGACAGCGGAUGAGUAAAGAAGCAGGUGCCAACGGUGAGUACGAGGCUAAGAUGACAACAAAACUUCUGGAGAAGAUCCUUGAUUUUGCAUCGAUACGUAUUGGCGCACUUGGUGAUCAGAGGAGAAUCUUUUUGUCAUUGAUGGUUCAAUUGAUCGACAGAUCCGUCGAUAAGGAUCUUCUUAUGAAGAUAGCUGCCAUUGUACGCGAUUGGGUGUUUGCAGAGAACGAGCUUUUCCCAACAACGAAGGAGAAAGCUGGAAUUCUCACCAAGAUGAUGGUUUAUGAGCUGAAAGGUGAUUCAGAAUUGACCAAGACCUACUAUCAGAUAAUUGUGGAUAUCUUUAAGGACGAGAAAUUGGCCUACAGUGAGUUGACCUUCAGGUUGGAGAGACCUUUCUUAGUGGGAACCAAGAUUUCUGAUGUGGAUAUUCGUCGUGAGUUGAUGUCUAUUUUGGACAAGUCUCUCGAGAAGGACAUUGUCAAGAGACUAUUCUAUGUGGUUAGAGAACAGAACUGGGAGUACUUAGCCGAGUAUCCUUGGCUUAAUCAAGCCUCUCAGCUUCUUUACAAGUCAUUUGAUUUUCAAUGCAAGGUUCAACUAUGUCCAAACGAAAACCAGACGGCCUCAUUGGCCAACAUCGCAGAGGCAUUACCUGAGAAGAAGGACAAAAGAGAUGCUCAACCUCAGAUUAUUUCUUUGCUCGACAAGCAUAGGACGUUUAUUAAUAACACACUGAACGUCAAAGCCUGUGAUGUUCUUAAUCCUUUACUGGACUUGUCCUAUCAGAGUCCAGAGACGAUUCACAAGUCAUGGUGUAUACUUUUCCCUAUUGCUUACAAUGCUAUUGAGAACAGAGACAAAUCUGACUUCCUCCACGCCUUAGUUACUUUACUUUCAAAGGACUACCACGUGAGACAACAGGAAGGCAAGCCUAACGUCGUGACUACAUUACUUGCCGCGGCAGGUCAAUGUCCCGACUUGCAACUACCACCUCAUCUCGUGAAGUAUCUUGGAAUCAACUAUGGUGCUUGGUAUUCUGGUAUAAGAAUUCUUGAGCAGAUAGAGCAGGAUCCUGUAACGGACAAUCCAAAAAUUACAGAGACAAAUCGAGAUGCUUUGGCUGAGAUGUAUUCGAAUCUUCAAGAGAAUGAUAUGUUUUAUGGAUUGUGGAGGCGUAGGGCCAAGUAUUACGAGACAAACGCUGCACUAUCGUACGAGCAGAUCGGUCUGUGGGAUAAGGCCUCGAGACUUUACGAGACGGCUCAAAUCAAAGCCAGAAGUGGAGUUUUGCCGUUUUCAGAAGCCGAGUAUUCUCUUUGGGAGGAUGACUGGAUUUUGUGCUCCGAGAAACUUCAGCAUUGGGACAUUCUAACUGAAUUGGCUAAGCAUGAAGGAUUCACGGACUUGCUUCUCGAGUGUGGUUGGCGUGUUGCGGAUUGGAUAGCCGACAGGGAGCCUUUGGAGCAGUCGGUCAAGACGGUGAUGGAUGUUCCUACGCCCCGUAGACAGAUGUUCCAGACAUUCCUCUGCUUACAGGGCUAUGCUAAUAACCAGGAGACGAUCCAAAAUGUCACGAGGAACUGCGAUGAGGGAAUUCAAUUGUCAUUGCGUAAGUGGUACUCUCUUCCAAGUAGAAUCACUGACGCCCACGUGGGUUUGCUUCACAUGUUUCAACAGUACGUCGAGUUUAUGGAGGCCAGCCAGGUGUACAGAAGUUUGGCUACUACGACGGCCCAGAAUCUAGACGUGAAGUCUCAGGAAUUGAAGAGAGUUCUUCAGGCCUGGAGAGAACGUCUUCCAAACGUUUGGGACGAUAUAAACAUCUGGAACGAUCUGGUUACAUGGAGACAGCACGCUUUCAAUGUGAUAAAUAAGGUGUACAUGCCAUUGCUACCUGCUUUACAGCAAAAUGGUAACUCCAACAGCAACAACAAUUCGUAUGCUUUUAGAGGUUACCACGAGAUUGCAUGGGUGAUCAACCGCUUUGCCCAUGUUGCCAGAAAGCACAAUAUGCCAGAAGUUUGCAUCAAUCAACUAACAAAGAUCUAUACACUGCCUAACAUCGAGAUUCAGGAAGCCUUUUUGAAGCUCAGGGAGCAAGCCAAAUGUCACUAUGAGAACCAGGCGGAGCUCAAUACUGGGUUGGAUGUCAUUUCUAACACGAACUUGGUGUACUUUGCAGCUCAGCAGAAGGCUGAGUUUAUUACCUUGAAAGGUAUGUUCCUCGCUAAACUUUCAGCACCAGAAGAAGCCAACCAGGCCUUUGCUACCGCAGUUCAAUUAGAUCUUAACUUACCCAAGGCAUGGGCUGAGUGGGGAUUCUUCAACGACAACAGAUUUAAGUCCACAGGAGACAUUGCUUAUGCCAAGCAUGCUAUUUCCUGCUACUUACAGGCUGCCGGAUUGUACAAGAGUAACAAGGCUAGACGAUUAUUAUGCCGUAUUCUUUGGCUGGUCAGUCUUGACGAUGCUUCAGGAACUCUCACUACAACUUUCGAGUCACAUCAGGGAGAGAUGCCUGUCUGGCAAUGGGUCACUUUCAUUCCUCAGUUGUUGACUUCCUUAUCUCACAGGGAGGCAAGGGUUGGAAGACACGUUCUUAUUAGAAUUGCCAAGUCAUACCCUCAAGCAUUGCACUUCCAGCUACGCACCACCAAGGAGGAUUAUGCCAUUUUGCAGAGGCAGAUGCAGAAGACAAGCACUGGAAGUAGCAGUAAUUCGACUGCUGAUUCCAGUGUUGGCAUUGCCAAUGUGGAUGGCAAUGUCAACAGUAUCAACGCUGGAAGCAAUAAUGGUAGCAACAGUGAUAACAAUGACGACGAAAAGAGCAACACUGAUGACAAAACUCCCGGCAACGGAGAAAGUACCGAUCAUGCUACGUCUGCUAAUGCCAACGAGACUGCUGCUGCUGCCAAUCCUGAUGAGAUUAAAGCUAACGCUACUUCUGGUGAUAACUCCAACACAAGUGGAAGCGUCACUGGCAGUAUUAGUGGAAAGGCCGUUGACAAUACCGUUGCAGACGAAACAACAGAUACAAACGCCAAUGCAAAUACCAGCGUGGCCGCCAAUGCCGGUACUGCUACAUCACCAGGAGAUGGUUCUACGACAACGACCGUUCUUAAGCCUUGGCAAUAUAUUGAUGAGAUCAUGGGAAUUCUUAAGACAGCAUACCCACUACUGGCUCUUUCUCUCGAAUCUUUAGUUGAUCAGAUUUCCCAACGGUUCAAAUCAAGUCACGAUGGAGACGCUUAUCGACUUGUCGUAGCAUUGUACAACGAUGGAAUCCAGUACUUCAACCGUCUGCCAAACCCACGAGAGGAUGCUCGCCUACCGCCUGCUACAGAAGCCAACAUUCUGCGGUUCGCCGAUACUGUGUUGCCUAGACAUAUUCGCCAAGAAUUUGAGACGGAUAUCAUUCAAAGCAAGCCUAAUUUAGAGACUUAUAUCUCCAAGUUACGUAAAUGGAGAGACUGUCUCGAAGAGAAGUUGGAUAGAAAUAGUGGAAAAAUCAAUUUGGAACGCGUUUGUCCUCAUUUGAGCCAGUUCCACCAUCAGAAGUUUGAGGAUAUUGAAGUUCCUGGCCAGUACUUACUGAAUACGGAGAAUAAUCGUCACUUCAUUAAGAUCGAAAGGUUCAUGCCUACAUUGGAGCUUAUCAGAGGUCCUUCUGCAUGCUAUAAACGGCUUACAAUCCGUGGACAUGACGGUAGCUUGCAUCCAUUUGCGGUUCAAUUUCCUGCUGCUCGUCAUUGUAGAAGAGAGGAAAGAAUGUUCCAACUCUUCAGACUUUUCAAUGAUGAGUUGGCUCGUUCUGUUGAGACCAGAAAACGGUAUAUUGACCUCACUUUGCCAGUGGCUAUCCCACUUUCUCCUCACAUAAGACUUAUGUCUGACAACGAGAAAUACAUCGAUAUGUCUGCUAUCUACGAGGAAUACUGCCGUCGGAAGGGACAAAACAGAGAUGAGCCGCUAGCAUACACUAUGCAGAAGCUGCACACUGCGUACGAUCCUCGCUUGCCCAAGCCAGACAUUCUCAGUGUCAAGACCGAGAUCUUGGCUGCAAUUCAGUCGCUUCUCGUUCCUAAUACUGUGAUGAAGAACUAUUUUUUGCACUACUAUCCACGGUUCGAGGACUUCUGGGUGUUCCGUAAGCAGUUCUCUUCACAGUAUGCUGCUUUCAUCUUCAUGACUUACAUGCUCUGUAUUAACUCCAGGCAACCUCAGAAGAUUCAUAUCCACCAAGGUUCUGGUAGAGUGUGGACCUCGGAGAUGCUACCUUAUAAAGUUGCGUGCGGAAAGACCCAUACCAACCUCUUCGCCAACAGUUCGUUGGAUCCAGCGGCCCAAAAAGCAGCUCCUAUCUUCUGCUCGUUGGAGUUGGUUCCAUUCAGACUUACUCCAAACGUUCAGAAGCUUAUUGGUGAGGCCGGUAUGGAAGGUAUUCUUUCCAUGCACCUGAUGGCCAUUGCUCAAUGCUUAGCUAAUCCUGCCUACAAGAUAGAGCACUUCCUUGAUUUGUUUAUAAGAGAUGAAGUCAUUGCCUGGUUUACGCAAAGGCACAAACCUUCUACACAAGAUCCUCAGCUUAGGGAGAUUGUCAAGGUUAACGUCGAUUAUAUCAUCAAACGAAUCUACCAAAUGGCCCACGUUGAUAGUAGUGGCCAACAGGUUGCUUCUCAAUACGUUCUUAAUUUGAUCGGCCAUGCUGUCAAUCCUCGAAACUUGGCUAGUACCGAUACUUUAUGGAUGGCGUACUUCUAG